AUGGAUGUUGAUCUUUCAACCGGAAGUGCUUCUGGAUCAUUUCUUAACUGUGUUUUUUGGUCCGCAGCUAUUUUUGGACUCCUCUACUUUGUCAGGUUAUUGAGACACGCGAAGACUUAUGCUAACCUAGAGGAUUUUAAGGCGUUUCAUCAAGGGAGCCCAGUUCUCGGAGAGAAUUUCGGCGGAGGUUUUAUGAGUGAGAUUUUCUGAUUCCCAACAUCUUGGGUUCAGGGAAAAGUUGCCGUUGUGACUGGCGGCAACUCAGGAAUAGGCUUCGAGACUGUUCGCGAACUGAACAUCCGCAAGGCGAAGGUUUUUUCGGAAGAAAGUUGGAUUCAAGUUCAUUUUUGCAAUUACAGGUCUACAUGUUGUGCCGGAGCGAAGAGCGGGCCGAUGAAGCCAAGAGGAAUCUCGUUCGGGUGGAUAACUUUCACUUCCUGUUAUUACUCAUUUUUUCCUAUGACCCUAGUUUCAUUCGGUCCAUUUGAGAUUUAAUAGAACAGCCAUUCAUCCUUUUAAAAUUCUCAAAAAAGUACAACAAGCCUAGAAAAAAACAAAAAAAAAUUGUUUCCAGCUCGGGUGCAAUCCAACGCGGCUGAUUUUCAUUCAAUGCGAUUUGGCCAACUUUUCCAGUGUUCGAAGCGCCGCCGAGAAGCUUUUGAAAUGUUGAAGAUAGCCUAUUUUCGUGUGUUAUGCCAGUGUGUUUUCAGCGGAACCUAAGAUCGACAUAUUAAUCAACAACGCUGGUAUUAUGUUCCAGAGCAAAUACGAGAAAACGGUUGACGGACACGAAAUGACGUGGCAAAGCAAUCACUUAGGUUCGCAUUGUUAUCAGUUUUGCGAACGCGAUUAUUCAUUCUAUGAGAAGAGGAUGAAGGAAAUCGAGGAUACUGUAACUGAAUUUGAGGCAUUGAUAAGUGAAAUUCGGAGUUAUUUUGCUGAUGUUUGCAAAUAAUAACGUCCUUGAGUUUAUUCUCCUAAGAAUAUAAACGUCUUAUUUUUCAUAUUCUUAUUCUUUUCUUGCAAAAGGGAGGAAAAAUAAUCACCAAACUGAAUCUUCUGUGAGAAAUUUCUUCAAGGAAUCAAACUUGCUUGUUGGUUUUUUUUUGUUUUCCUUUUGAUAAGUUCUAUAACAAUAGAAAUGAAAUUCAGGACUAAGCUGCUUUUGUUUUUUUCCAAUGCAGGUGUUUUUGCAGGACCUUUUCUUCUGACGAAUCUUCUGCUUCCGGCGCUGAAAAACGCAGAUCGCGCAAGAAUUGUCAAUGUUUCUUCUAUGCUGCACAAGAACUCGAAACGCCUUGACUUUGCUACGAUCGAUGACAAAAAGUCUUACGGCCUGUUUGGCCCCUACAAUCGCAGCAAGCUCGCAAACGUUGGUUUUGAAACAUUUUCUGCAAAGGAAAAGUCGACUUUGAUAAAGAUCAAUUACAUCAUUUCCAUUUUCUCGCCUAACUUUUUUUUUAUUCAAUAGGUCAUACCUUACUACUUGGCUCAAAAAAGUUUUUUUAUUCGUAAAGAUAUGACCGCAAAUAAAUAAAUUCAAUGAGUUUGAAUUUUUUUUAUAUGUGAGCAAAUAGUUUACCAGAUCUCUAAAAUCUGCAUGCUUACAUGCGUAAAUCAAUUUCAAAAUCCAUCAACAUCUCCUCUUGAGUUUUCUUAAAUGUCAGAACUGCCUUGUGAGGUUUGAACUUUAUUUUAUUUCUUUUUUUUACUCUCCUUCUGGUGCAUACAUAAGUAGACCAUUCUCAAAGACCACCUUCACUUCCAAGAAUUCUUGAAUCAAAGUCAUCACUACCUCCCUGACGAGGGAAUUGUGUGAGGUAAACAUCGUAGAUAUAUUUCAAACUUCUGUGGUAGAUAGUACAAGUUAUGAAGAGUAUUCAAAAACCAAAAGAAUGAUCUGCUAAGCGUCAUAGGGUGCUGAGAAAUAGCCUGUCAAAAAAGUACAGGAAAAACUCAAAAACUCUACGGGUUUUUUUUGUGAAAAAGUUUCUUUUUCGUAGUGAAUACCAGUAGACGUUUUGAAAAUCGAAAAACCGAAGAAAAUCAGUCUUUGAGCAUUCAUCCGUACAUUUUCGACACCCUAUUUCUCAUAACCCUAUGGCGCUUAGUAGAUGUUUCUUUGUAUUCUCGAGUGUUCAUACCUAGGACUACUUACCACAGACGUUUGGACCAGAUCUGCGGUGUUCAUCUCACACGUUUUCCUUGUGAGGCCAACGCUCAUUUUAAUUUUUCGGAAGAAUACCUUCUUGGAUAUGAAAAUAAUUUAACUCGCUAUUGUGGUAGAUUUACGUAAAUCGACUCCUCUUCAUGGACUAAUUGAGUUCGGUACUUGCCCAAGUAUGCCCUGGUAUUCAAAAGUUUAUAUACCUUAUUUUCGAAGAUUUUUGUAAGUCAAUCACUUCCUCAUGAUUUUUUGAGUUCUUUACUUGCCUAUUUAUGCUUCAGGUACUUGAUUUGAAAUCACAUAAUGAUCUCAAUUUCAUUCAAAAACCUUCGUUGGAUUUUCUGCUACGGUAUCACGCUUAUUUUUAUUCUUAAUAAGUGUGGGUAGAAUAUUUCAUAAGAGAGAUAGGAACAGUCGGUGCGCAAAAACCACUACUUGCAGUAUAUAACUGUGAAAUUGUUUUUAAACUGGACUGUUUGAAGGUGAUGCACGCGAGAGCUCUGACGAACGUGCUGCGGAAGGAGGGAACUCACAACGUUUCGGCCAAUUCUGUGCAUCCAGGAGUCGUCGACACGGGCCUUGCUCGGAAGACUUGGCUCCUGGCGACGCCCCUCCGCGAGAUCUUCUGGCCUUUCAGGUGCCUUUUCCGGAAUCUUUUGAUUACAAUGUUUGAAAUCGUUGCGAAAAGUCCAAAAAUGUGUCGCGACCUUCAGUAGUAAUUCUCUUCACAGCUCUUAAUGUUUCUCGACCGUUACUGAAAGCAGAUGCUUCCGAAGGAAAUUGUUGAAAUAGAAACCUGCGCAACAUUUUAACUUUCGAGAAAGUUCUUUCUGGUAUUAUAAAAUAUCCGCAAUAUACAUUCAAUCAUGAUGAUUUUCUUUUACUUUAAGCGUCGGUUCGUCGAAAAGUACAACGUUUUGAAGUUCAAAAAUUCUGCGAUUCCUAUCUAAAAGUGGCUGUGUCAACAUUAAAAUAGUUCCAAAAAGUGAUACGAGCUUUUUAAUAAAAAAAUUUUUUUAAGAAAUCAAAAAGAGCAAGAAGCGGAAACGUUUUUCCUAAACAACCAAAAAAAGAAAAAUUAAAUUUUUUUAAAAGUUUCUUUUUUUCCCUUUAUGUGUACUAUGUAUAUCAGGGUUGCACGGAAAUCCGUUAUCCGUCUUCCGCAUAAAUUUCUCUUCCUUAACCCGUGUUCCGUCUUCCUUGAAUCAUAGUUUUGUUCCGUAACCCGUGUUCCGUCUUCCUUGAAAAAUUUUUGUUUUUUUAGCUCCUAAUUUUUAAAUUUAAAAACAAUUUUUUAUACAAAAAUGCACGUUUUCGGUUUUGUGAGGGACAUGGUAAUGAAGAUAAUUUCGUCAAAAUAUCAACUGUAGAAGGGCCAACUAUUCUCUCAACUCCACUAUCAAAGUAUCUCUGCUUCAAUCGAAAUUCAACAAGUUAGAGAGACUCUUCUCUGUCUCAGGGCUGAUAGCCUAGCCCUUGCGAAAGAGGCUUGAAGCUCCUCGAUACUUUGAAUUACACCAAAGUUAAGUCAAAGCUUACGAAAGUUCAUUGUGAUUUCAAUUGGCUACGAAAUUCAAAUUUCACUGGUUGUUUUUUGUUUGAAAAUUUUCCCGUUACUCUUUAAAAAACUUUCUUUAGUGAGUUGGUUUGGAUAGUUUUGGUUUAAUUCUCCAGGUUAUUUCGCUUAUUCAUACAUUUAAAAAAAAAUCUUUCGUGCAAAUCUCUUUCCUUUUCUCUAAAAUUCUUCUGUUCCGUAACCCGUGUUCCGUCUUCCUUAAAAAAAUUUUAUUCCUUAACCCGUCUUCCUUCUUCCUUUUUCAAAAUUUUCACUUCCGCGCAACCCUGAUGUAUAUACUAUGGUCAUGAAAGGACUGAUAAGAUUGCUUUUUCAGAUUCUGUUAGUUUACGGUUCUCUUAGUUAGUCUCACAAGUUAUUUUACGGUUCUCUUGCUUGGAAUAUUUCGUUCAACUUAUAGAAAAAGGUUUCAUCUCUUCUAUCAAGAAUUUUUUUCAAAUUUUCAAACCACAUUUUUUUAGCGACAGCUUGAAAGCACUAAAAAUGAAAAUAACUAUGCAUAAUUUCUCAGAAAUUAUAAUGAAUGAAAUUUAUUUCUUCAGAUGGUUCUUCUUGAAAACGAACAAGGACGGCGCUCAGACGUCUCUUUACGUCGCCCUGAGCAAGAAGUUGGAAGGUGUCAGCGGCAAAUAUUUCUCGUUCGUUUUCUGAAUCUCAAAAAAAAAACCUCUCGUUCUUAAAAAAAGUAAAAAACAAAUUUGAGAGAAAAAUUUCUGCAAUUAAUUUUUUUCCCAAUUUUUUUAAUUUUUUUCAAAUCCACAUUCAAAAAAAUUUAUUUAUUGCAGAAAUUUUUUUUCUCCCAAAUUUUUUUCCUUUUUUUGCUCGGUUUUGGAUCUUUGUUCAGUGAGCCACUGGAAGAUUGAAAAUAAGAAAAGUUAGCAUAGAAAAAUCGCAGUAUAGCCAACUCUCGGCUGGCUUGAGCCAUCGGAAAAAUGUUCCUGAUACGGUAAAAGAAAAAAAAAAUGGUCUGGUUAGAGGAGAGUGCAGACAGCGCCCCUCCUAGCUUCUAGCCGGGAAUUGGCUAUAGAUAUAAUCUAUUUUGCCGCUGAUGGAGAGCUGGUUUGCAGCGACUGCCAACUGAGAGAAGAAAGCGAAUUGGCGCGCGACGACCAGGCUUGUGAAGACCUCUACAACUACAGUCUCGAACAAACUCGUUGA